AUGACAAUGAGCUCCUAUUUUGUCAACUCCCUCUUCUCCAAGUACAAAACUGGGGACUCCCUGCGCCCCAACUUCUACGAUUGUGGGUUCGCCCAGGAACUCGGAGGGAGACCGACGGUGGUGUACGGGCCGAGCACGGGGGGCACUUUCCAGCACCCCACCCAGAUCCAGGAGUUCUACCACGGGGCGUCCUCUCUCUCCAGCUCCCCUUACCAACAGAAUCCCUGCGCUGUAGCAUGCCACGGAGAUCCCAGCAACUUCUACGGCUAUGACCCGUUGCAAAGACAAAGCCUCUUCAGCGCUCAGGAAUCCGACCUGGUACAGUAUCCGGAUUGCAAACUAGCUUCCACCGGCCUGGGAGAGGACGCAGACAAUUCGGAGCAGAGCCCGUCUCCCACACAACUCUUCCCCUGGAUGAGACCGCAAGCAGCCGCUGGACGGAGGAGAGGCCGGCAAACCUACAGUCGCUACCAGACCCUGGAGCUGGAAAAAGAGUUCCUUUUUAAUCCUUACCUGACCCGAAAGCGGAGAAUUGAAGUCUCGCACGCCCUGGGACUGACCGAAAGGCAAGUGAAAAUCUGGUUUCAAAACAGGAGGAUGAAGUGGAAAAAGGAGAACAACAAAGAUAAGUUCCCCAGCAGCAAAUGUGAGCAAGAAGAAUUGGAGAAACAGAAAAUGGAAAGGGCUCAGGAGGUGGAAGAGGGCGGAGAAGCACAGACGGGGGACAAAAAGUAGGCGCUGGAAGACUGGACAGGCAAGCCUCAGAAAGCCCCCCCCCCCCAUCCUUCCAUUAAUUCCAGUUAAUGUGAGCGGUG